AUGUCGGCCGAUCAGGCCUGCGUUCGCUGCCGGAGACAGAAACGGAGAUGUGACAAGAUCCUUCCCUGCUGUACCCUUUGUAAAAGAUUGAAUAAGCAUUGUGACUAUCUCCUUCCAGCUGAAGCCCCUCGUCUGUUGCCCGUACCAGAUUGGGCCGACUUGACCCCUUCCAACCUGCGUCAUACCCUCGAAGCUCAGGUCUCAUCAAAUGUGGGCGAUAGACUGCAAGUGCAGGCCGCCGCAGCCUUUUAUUUCCGGACUGUACAUACCUGGUUCCCUAUCAUAUCGGAGCCCUCUUAUAAUAUCCGGUUAUCAAACAUACGCGUCCAGACGGCCAGUGCACCAUCCGACUUAAGCCUCUUGACCCUAUGUAUGGCCCUCGUUUGUAAGGGGCCUGUGGGGGGAGAGCUUCCUCUCUCGACCAGAUCGAUGUAUGCUUCUCUCAAGAGCUUUGUAGCUCUUCUUGAGGCGAUGGGGACGAAUUCGUUGGAAAUGCUGCAGAGUCGACUUCUCCUAACGGUCUUCGAGAUUGGUCAUGCAAUGUAUCCCUCCGCAUAUAUCUCCGCUGCAGCCAAUAUGCGCGCCGCAGUCUCCUUAGGAAUCAAUGCCACCUGCGAGGACCUGCGCAAGGCCUUCCGGGACCCACGGAAAGUCGAGGAGGCACGACAGACUUGGCGGGGCAUUGUCAUCACUGAUAGGUCAGAUCUGGCCCCCAAGGAAGCACACCAAAUGAUAUUCGUACUGAAGCAAGAGCCCGUGGUAGAUAUGUCUCGCUGGAGAAUGGCCAAGCACCCAAUACUCACAGAAUCUGAAGAUUGCGCGACGGUAGAAGUGGAUUCAUUCACUAGGCUGGCCCACGCAUCCCAGCUCUUGGAUCGGGUGCUAGUUCAUAUCCAUACGACCCAAUCGAAUCCCCUUUUUGAUAGCGUCGAGGCGGUCCAGAUUCUCAAAUCCCUAACCUCGUUUCUGGUGACCUUCCAAAGCGGUGAUACGGACCCACCGCAUCCUCUAUCGGAUAGCGCAUUGGCGCUAUGUAGAAGUGCCAUGCUCGAAACUCUCGAAGUUGGAUCUCACAUGAAUAUCCCCGACAAUGAGUAUUGUAUCCGCACAUCGAUUAAUAUUCUCAAGUCCCUCGUUUACGAGAUUGCGCGCGGCGCGGAAAUCUCUCCCCCGGUUGAUAUGAUGACUUUGUCCGUGUUUCUCCCUCAUUGCAUAUACAAGGCCGCUAUGGUGUGUCUUGGCGACGCCAGGGUAUCUGGGUGUGUCGAUCCGGAGCCGUCGAUUCGACCCUUGAAAGACCUACUAGGCUAUCUGGGUAUGAGAUGGGUGGCCGCAGUAGAACGUUACUUGGCAAAAGUUGAGACAUCAUAG